UCAACAACGACAUAUGCUUGCAAGUAUCCGUCUAGCAUCUUGCGCAUUACGCAGAAGUGUAGAUGAUAUCCCAUUACGCAGGAGAGUCCGCUGCCACAUUCCUCGCACGUCGUGCACGAUAUCAUCGAUCCUGGCCGUCCGGAUUUGGCUAGAGUACAAACCAUCGUCCCAUGCUGCUGGUACUCGUGUCGUGCAAGUUCCACCACGUUUCUCUUCGCAAGUACCGUCCUACACGGCAGGAUGCGACAGCGUCAUUGAUUGUUAGGCUCGAGUGGCUUCGGAUCGUCUUCGCCAGUCCUCGGCUUUUCCCACAGCCCAUCGACCCUUUGG